CCCAUUUGCGUAGGUGAUGGUAGUUCCGUUUGCUGGUUUUGUCCCAUCGGGUUUUCUAACCAACAUUUAGUAUGCACAUCAAUGACUCCUGUGAGUGCUACAUUCCCAGGCCAUUUCAUCCACCACCCUUUUAUUUGUAAAAGUGCAAAAUAGGUUACGUUGUCAGAUAACCUUAGUGUGGAACAGGUUGUUACUUUGCUGCUUGGUUCAUCAAAUGAACUGACAUUCGGAAAAAGUUUGUUUCUUUCCAUUUGUAUAGUUGCUUACGUUUAGUGUGAGCUGAAGUGCAGCAAAAAUGAAACUUUUAACACACAACAUGCUUACAUCCAAAUGUUUGAAGGGCGUUAACGUUGGAUAUCCACUAGGAAUAGUGGCUAAAGAUGUAAAAGUGUUAGAAACCGAAUUUAACUCUGAAUUUGUCUCAAGAAUAAUUCCAAAGCUGGACUGGGAUACCCUCUGGAAUGCUGCUGACAGUAUUGGUCAUGCUGGUGAUUUGCCACGAGCUGUUUGUGAUGAUUAUGAGAAUGAUGUUGAAUUCCUGAAGAAAGUACACCAUGUUUUAGUUGAGGUUGAAGUCAUCGAAGGAGAGUUGGUUUGUCCAGAAUCAGGAAGGAAAUUCUCCAUCAACAAAGGAAUUCCAAACAUGCUCCUUAAUGAAGAUGAACUGUGAUUAAUAAAGUGCACUACAUUAACCCAUAGUAACAUUUAUGGGAUGUCACUUCAUGUAUUCUUUACUGAAUACUGUAGUUAUGAUAAUUUGUUACUCAUGAGGUGUUUAUUUUUCUGAAGAACUUGCAAAUUGUGUAUCAUUUCAUACUAAUUAUCUCAAUGUGUCUAACCUGUUUCACAAAUGUCUCAGCUGAGGGCUGCAAAAUGGUAAGCAAUACCAACAUGAGAACAUAUCUGUGUUUAAAUAAUGAAUAGGAAGAACUUCACUACUCUGCAAACAUCAUGUUUACUGUAUGAAAGAUAUUGCAGAAUUUUAUAUUUGUUUAUUGAAUAAAUCAUUGUGUUAUGAUUACAGAAAAUUUGUAUUUGUUUGAUAUGUAUCUGAAUAAUCAUAAUCUGAUGGAAGACUAUGGCCCUGGAGUUUAUACAUUUAUGCUAGGUUUUAUUUAUAAUGCAUUCCCAAACUAGCAUUACAUUUUAUAAGAACUCUGUUUACAUGAUAUCAUCUGUAAGUCAUCCAUCCUCUAAAUUCUGAACACUUAAAUGCUAUAAUUGAGAUAUUUCCCCCCAAGGAUGACCUGUCUACAUGACAGGAACUUUGAAACUUCCUUAUUAUUAACAUACAUAUGAUAUUUUCAAGAGCCUGCAAAGCCACCAAUUGGUGAUCUUGCCAGUCUAUGGAAGUCACUUAGCCUCAUGUGCAGUCACAUGUCAUAUAUAUACUGUAACUGCAGGGAAUCCUCAUUUAACUAACAAUGAGUAAUAGAUUUUCAUAUUUACUUAGUUGGAAAAAUUAGAACAUUUUGAAAUUGUGUGUGAGACAAACAUUCAUAUAUAUGGUUGGAAAAGUUGAAACAUCUUAGGAAGAUCACGAAUAAAAUCAUAUACCAAUAUAAAAUAAUACUGACAACAUAGUUCAUAGUGGUUAUCUAGUUUUCAGUCAAGUGAGAAAGUUCCAUAUUAUGUUCCUGGUAGAACAAUCUGUGAUGUGUCUACUAAGCUUUCACAUGAUUCUUUUUGUGUGCUGAUCCUAUUUUUGAGUGCUGACAUUGUGUGCAAGUGGAAUGUGUUGCCAGGGGAACAUAUUUCCUCCAUCAUCAGGGCAGAGUCCCUUAGCAGGCUAAACAUAAACAAUAUAGUUGUUCUACUGCAUGUGUUUUUUGUACAGAAAUGUACAGUUUGUAGUUACUUUAUAUUUGUUGUGACAGUCUUUGUUAAGAAUAAAUGUCCAUUGAAGUGGUUCAUUCACCAUGUAAAAUGAAA